AUGGAUGAGGCUGACGGGUUGAGUGCGGGUGACUUCGGGGGCAGCGACGCGUUGAGUCGGAUGGUUCAGGUUUCAGCGGUGCCGUUGGUGAUGACCUGCAAUGACAAGAAGCACAAGAAGGUCAAGGCGUUGGCGAAGCACUGUAAAGUGAUCGACUUUACGGCCCCGGACCGGCAGGCGGCGAUCGCGCGCUGUUUGGCCAUUGUGGGCCAGGAAUGUGGUUCUAUCGAGCGUGCCGCGCUGACUGAGGAGUUCGUUCAGCAGUGUUACGAGGCCAGCAACCGCGACAUGCGUCAAAUGCUCAAUAUGCUCCAGAGCAAAUGCCAGCAUUUGAACACAGCUGGAGCGACAACUGGAGCGACAGCUGGAGCGGGGAAGGACGUGUCUAGUUACGAUGAUGUGUUCACAUUGGCAGGGCGGCUUUUAAGUCAGUGCGGGAAGUUGAGUAUGCGGGAGCGGUUGGAUUAUUUCUUCUUCGACUUCGACAUGAUGCCGCUGAUAAUGCAAGAGAACGUGGUUCGAAGCUGGGUGGGGACGGAGCGUGCGGCUGCGGCGAUUGGGCGAGUGUGCGAUUGUGUGGCAUUCGGCGACGUGGUCGGUGCGAAGUUGCGCGAACGGAAUCAGUGGGACCUAUUGCCAGACGUGGGUAUGUUCUCAACGGUGUUGCCGGCAAUGCUGGCAAACCCUGGACGUACACCUCGUAUGGAGUUCCCGCGUCUGUUGGGGAAGAUCUCUGCAAGAAACAAAAAGAAGCGUUGUGCGGCCGCAAUCAAAAACUGCGUCGGCUACCAUGGCUGUCUUGAAGAUGGAUAUUUCGAACUGCUGAAUGAAUAUAUCUGCCAACCACUGGGGGAAGCGAACCGAAACGAAGCCGCCUUCCAGACCAUGAUGGAGAGAGCCGUUACCUACCGCCUCACCGACAAAGAACUCGCCAUCGAGGGGCUCGAGACUCUUCGCAUGCCUCUCACGCCACAACGGACGCACACUCAUCCUUAUGAUAAACUCGACACGGCCACCAAGACCAAGGCCACCAAGUGCUUUAAUGAUUACUUCCUUACUGCUAGACAACAUGGCAAGAAGCAAGGCAAGAAGCAAGGCAAAAAACAAGGCAAAAUCAAACUCGGAAAAGACAUUGCGGAGGAGGCACUCACUGAUGAAGCUCUCACUGAUUCAGAAGACCUAGACGCACGCCCCGCUGUCAAUGACUACUUUUAA